AUGUCGCCGCUUUCCAGGCAGCAGCAGCAGCAUUAUGUCAGAGAGUUGGCAGGAGGGCAUAACGCCCAACCCCCGCCUUCAUGCAAAUCAACUCUCCUUUCCUCUCUACCCGACUCCGCAUUCUCAGCUUCGUCAAAUGUGGCACAAAAGUUUUCCGCCUCAGCCGCCAAAAUGUCACCCGACGAUUCAAGAUUUCAAUAUCGUGCUUGGUGUCCUGAGAACGUUCAACCACACGAGGAGAAAGAAUACCUCGAGAUCGAUUUUGGCAGACAGUCUUUUGUAAAAUUGAUAAUAACAAAGGGACUGUCUACUGCCGAUAAAGGUGGAUUAUACUUGACACCCUUUUACUAUAUUUGGUAUCGUAGGGGGGACUCAACUUCAAAGUGGAUCAAAUACCAAAAUAUUAAUGGAACUACGCAAAUUAAGGGCAAUUUGGACGCCCAAACAGAACGGUACGUCUCUAUGAAUCCACCUUUUGUCGCCCGAUGGGUUCGGAUUUAUCCAUUUACUCAGGAGAGGCAACCCGUCUGCUUGAAACUAGAAAUCGUCGGAUGUUCGGCCAAUGGCGUUAUCGAAUAUCAGGCUCCUCGGGGCAAUUUCGUGGGCAAACCACCCAAAGACAGUUUGAUAGAUGUCACUUAUGAUAACCCAGAGAGUCGAAGUUCUCAGGCUUUGGAGUUUCGACAGCAUCUAUUCAAUGUUGGGGGAUUGGGCAAACUCACUGAUGGGAAACCUGACCAUGAAAAUGAUGUGGACCCACUGGACUCUAAUGAGUUUGUCGGUUGGAAGCGAGCUGACGAGACCUCUGAAAUCAGCGAAUAUGAACGUGUUGUCUUUCGAUUUGAUAGAUUAUACAAUUUCACUGGAGUGAAUGUAUACCUAGCAAAUAUCUUCGGUACAGAAAUCUCCCGACCUCGACUUUUAAAGGUUAGGUUAAGUCGAAAAUUUCCCAGAGCCAGUUCAAGUGAUCCCGCUACGACACUUACCACCAUCCACCAAUUUCCUCCAAUUGAAGCCACCCAUCCGAAAACUGAAUGGAUCCAUGUUGAUUUCUCGAAAGCUUUUGGAGAUUCCCCAAAUACGAAUGGCACUAGUAGGAUCUACGACAGUCUGGCAUCCUUUGUGGAACUAAGACUAUACUAUGGCGGAAGUUGGUUGGCAAUUGGUGAAGUCACAUUCGAUAACACCCUCGUUGAGCUACCUCCAGGAUUAAUUCUCGACAUUGAACCCGAAGGCCAAGAAGCAAAAACUCUUCUGAAUCCUUCUCAAGAUAGAAACUCUAGCGCAGGAACUCUGGGAUCUCAGUACGGUUUGAUAACCAUGCAGCCCCAUACUUAUGCUCUAGUAGUCGGAUUGGGGUGCUUAGCUACGGUAUUAAUUAUACUGGUUCUCUCUCUUUUUGUUCAUUGGCGAAGACGGGCGUUCUUGUCGAAGCAUAAAAUGGAUGAGAUCAACCACUCAUUCCAGAUUCCUUUCACAAUGCCUCUUAUUAAAACCGGGACUCAACUGACUAGUUCUCAGAACACCGACUCAGAUCACAAAUGGGACUACUUCAACAAUUCUAAUUCCAUCCAGGUUCCAAUGUAUCUAAACCGGGAGAAUGCCCCCUAUACCCCCUCCAUGCCUCAUUUUCUCAUGCAACAACAGGGUGUAGCAGUACCUAACUCUCUAAUUCUUCCAAAUUAUAUGAGAACCCAGCUUCAGUCAAACCAGCGCACUUCGAUGGAUCAACAGCCAUUAACUCAAGAUCGGGGGGCAAACAGCGGCGAAGUUGAUAAUCGGCAACCGCAGAUGUUCCCUUUCUUCCAGUCUGUAAGCAGUUCGAUGCCAUCCGAGUCAAAUGCAGUUUACACGACAGUUUCUGAAGCUGAUGCAUACGUCAAUGGAACUCCUCGUCCUAAUCAGGUGCUUCACAUUCCACCUCCACCCUCCAUGCCCCUUCCCCCAACUCCCACCCAGUCCCGUUCGGUGGCUGCCCAGAUGCCUCCAUGGCCGGGAGCAGUAUUUCCUACGGAAAAAGACUACAUGCAACACCGUGAAAUUAGUGGUAACGUGAGCGGUGAUGUUAAUGCCUUCUAUCGAUACUCAGUUCCUCUUAACGGAGCUUACCCUGCUACCCCGAUCUAUUCUGCUCCCAUCUGGGUGGCUGGAGCGAUGGAUCCAGGUACAAUCAGCCGUUUCUACGGCCAACAUAGUCAGCAAUCCUCAUCGCAACAAGAUAGACAUCAGGAAACACCUGAACUUAACGAUUACCUCUCUGGAACACCUGUCAGUUCAAUCAUCUAUGGAGGCUUUUAUGGGGCCAGAGAUAGCCGUCAAGGUCAAUCGGAAGUGAGUUAUUUUUUCAAAAAAUGUAAUUGGUAA